UCGCUACGCUAACUUAACUUUUGUGCUUUUUCUGCCUGGUAUCGACGCGCCAUCACGAGAUUAUACAAGAGACUGUUUUUAGCAGCAGAAACAAUCAAAACCAGAUAGGGUUGGACAAAGUAACAUCUGAAGAGACAGCGCAACGUUAUCAUUUCUACGUAAUUAUUCCCACGUAGAUAAAUAAGAGGCUAAUUCAGGCGCUAGCGUUAGCUAACUGUUAGCUUGUGACGUUGUUAGCUAAAACAGCUCAUCUGCGGAGGAAUUUCACAGCCUGUUUAUGUUUUCGAUACCGAAAAAUAAUGUUGGACGGAUCCCCGGCUCACGGCGAUGAGGCCAGCAUCGGCAACGUCGAAAACAACAACCCGAUAUUGAUUUCAAACGGCGAUGGGGUGAACACGGGCAACAAAACACGGCAGGCGCUGCUGAAGAAAGGAGGGAGGAAGCUGCGGUCGACGGCGCCGCUGCAUCACCAGAAACCACCGAAAAACAGCCCCAACAUCAACAUCCGCCUGUCAGACCACAACAACAACAACCUGCCUGUGUCAUCCGCUAAUAAACCCUCAGCCCAGCCCGGUACGGAGCUGCCUGCCGGUACUCAGACCGCACUGACCCUCCAUCAUCUCAAACAAGGAGCCAAGAAGGAGUUGCUGAAAUCCAAAGGUGGCAGAUUGGAACGAGGAGUGGUGCAACCUGGAGGGCAAACUACUCGCAACCUGGCCAGACAUGAUCAGAUCAGCCAAAACGCCAACGCCAGGAGCCUCAAGCCCAAGCAGGCCCAAGGAACUGGUGUGUCUCAGCCCACAAAGAAGAAAGAUGCCAGCCCAAACAAGCACUUAUCUGUCCACAAGCCGCCACUCCAAGAGCAGAAAAAACACCUCCACACCGCUAACAAUGUGAAGACGGUGAACACACUGCCUGCUGAAGCUGCACUGGAAUACCUCAAAGAUGGCGAGAAGGUCUACGCUGGAGCGAAGUUUAGUGAGCCGCCGUCACCCAGUGUCUUACCGAAACCACCCAGUCACUGGGUCGGAGAAAACGAUCCUCAAGAGAGCAACCAAAGCCGAGAGCAAAUGACUGUUCAUUUAAAGUCGCUGCUGAAGGUCCAGGAUCAACCAUGACCACGAUGAAGAAUAAAACUGGAGCUGACCCCACCCCCUUUUUAAUCUGAUUUAACAUAGAUUGGCCACAAUUCAUAAAUUGGAAUUAAAGUAAAUUAAGUUUUGGGACUUUUAACACAUUGCAAUAUGAUGUAGGGCGUUUUUCUGAACUGUAGUACAUUUUCCUUGAAGCCAACAUGCUGCCUGCGUUUGUGAACAUGUUGGACACGUCCUGUUGGUGCUGGAGAUGGAGCCGUCACACUGUGUGUGUCGGCGGGUUAUCUAAUAGUUUCUGCCUUCCUGUUGGCAGAGGAAAGAGAGAACAGUACGUUUUGUGAUUGAAUUUGUGAGUAAAUGUUUUUUUAAAGCCUGGAUGUUAAAAGGUAUAAAGAAUGAGUUUGAAAUUGCCUCCAGCAGCAACAUGAUCUGUGUCUGAUGUUUACAUGGUACAACGUGAUGAAGGCACUUUCUUUGUGAAAAGGCAGCCAUGUGUUGAUCAACUUUUUAAAGCACUUGUAUAAAUGUACAUAAUAUAUAUUUGUGUAUAUUUUUCUUGUUAUUUUAACUGAGAUUCUAAUUUUGUUACUGAGGUUUUUCAAAAAAGUCCCUGCGAACUGAGGCACUUUGUUACAGCUCUUUCAGUGUGAGACACAGUGGAUGUAAGAAGGACUUUUCUUACAGAUUUGCACUGAAAACUAAAUUCAGGAAGGGCGGGACAUUUUCCUAAAGCUCAACCAGCCACUUUGAUGAAAUCACCAGCCGGCUCAGAGCACAGGAGAGGACCUCCAGCUGCUGGCCGGGAGCGGCUGCUCGGAAAGCACUUAAACGGCCACAGCAACACGUACCAGCAGUCGGCUGAUGGCGCCAGUUCUGUCCCUUCGCUGAACACGGGUCCAGCUGGUGAAGCGCCUUGAAUCAGGGACCGACAAGGCCGUUAAAGCCUCUGUGAACUGAAGAGAAAACGACAAUGUGAAGAGUCUCACAACCAGCUGCUGCAGAAAGCCAGUAUCCAGCAUCCAGACCAAGUGCUUUUUCUUUUUUAUCAACUUUAUUGCACUGACUUUAUGUACGUCCACAUCAAGCCAGCACAACAUAGAACUCCUGUUUUGUUUUUUUGUUUCUUUUUGAGUCAACUUUCCCCAAACAUGCAAAACAUCUUAGACAUUUUAGUAUUUUAUUGUGCACACUGGAAAAAAAUCAAAAUCUUACCAAGUGUUUUUUUUCUCAUUUCUUGUCAAAUAUCUCAUCACACUUAAAA